UAAGACUACAAGGCAGAUACAGUCUGUGGACAGCUUUAUGCUGGCAUGGCCGCUUUAGAGCACCUCGUUGUUUGGGUGUGGAAAAGCCCCAAGACGACCCAGUGAGAUAAGCUCCAAAUGCAAAAAUGUAUCAGUUUAAAGUGGCUGGAAAUUGUCUUUUCGUCUGUUUUAUCCCUCUCCUCUUGUUCUCCAUCAUCCCCCGCUUUUAGAUCUCAUUGCUCCUUCCUGACCUCCACUUCCCACACCACGAUGGCAACCGCUCACCCCCAACCCCGACCAAGAGGCAUCGACUACAGCCUGCCCACCUGCGGAGAGGUGCGCUGCAACGGCCGCGGCAUUUGCGUGCUCCCGCCGGGCGGCGGCUCAGGCUUUGCGUGCGAGUGCGACCUGGGCUACCUGGGCCAGUCCUGCGAGAAAACCUUCAACGGCUCAAUCAGCCUGCCGCUGACCUUGGGCGUGGUGGCCGUCCUCAUCGGUGUGGUGAUCCUGGCUUUCGUCUUCGCCAAGUUGCGUCAGAAGCAAAAACAGAGGAAAAGGGAUUCACUGCAAAAUCUGCCGAGACAAGUUCUGUGUGACGCAGGUCCAUCACAUUAACACCAGCGGUCAGUACUAGUGAAUCUACUUCAGAACUUCUUUUUCUGCAACCUCACUGGUCAUUUUAUUCGAAUGUUUACAAAGAUGGCGCAGCAUGGACUUUUCCUCCUUUCAAGGCUGAGCCCUCAAUCCAAAAACUGACUUCGAGAGUUGCCCGUCCGAUUUCUGACAUUUGUGACGAGGUGACACCGCCGAUCACUUUGUCCUUCCAGAACUAACUGAAGGUGAAACAUUCUGUACCUAUUUUGUCUUGUCUGUUAAUUUAAAGCCGCAGGCGCUCAAAAGUGGGUCAAACAAUAUUGAUUUAACCCUAACCCUAUCAAUCUGUUGAUGGCAAUUGAGAUGUCUUGAGUUUCAAUUUUGAAAAUGCAAGAGAAGAAACAUUGAGGAAAAUACCAUGAGUGAGUCUUUAUUGCUCUUAUUUGUGUUGUACUUGAUGACCGACACAGUACACAACACGCAACCAUAUCUCUGUCAAUCGAAAAUAGUCCCGUUUUUGUUGCCAAGACAAUUUCUUACUCAAAGUACAAUAUUCUCAAUGUUUACAGUUGUACUUAAAGUAUUAGCUAAAAAAAAUUAAUCUGUAUAAAUAAGACCAGACAGCUAACAGCAAAAUAAUUCCUAGUUCUUGACUGAGCUGACAUCCUGGGGGUUGAGUAACUUCCCGCAGGCCGACUCGUUUGCUGGCCCACCCCCGCUAUAAACACCACUUCUCCACAUUUUGGCUUUUUUUUUUGUUGUUUUUUGCCCCACCCCCCUAAGGUGAAUCAGAGCGCAAGGUAUCAGUUGUUAAAAAAAAAAAAAAAAAAAACUGGUGUCAGGUACCCAACACAAACAAUCACAGCUCUCCUCCCCCGAAAACCGGAUGUCUGUCCUCGUACCUCACCUGACCUGUGAAAGGCAGCACGUCAUUUUCACUGCGGUGACAAACAAGGGUGUUACAUUAGAAUAACACAAUUUGUUUAUCUUAAUUGUUUGGCAGCAGUACGAGCAUCAUAGUUUGCUAUCGUGGUUUCGAAUCACGAUCACUGAGUCCGCGGCUCUGCUGAACGCCAUUUUUAUCAGAAGGAUUUUGCGAUUGUAGCUACGGCUGGGUUGCACGUGACGUCACGCUUGUUCAUCCGGGUACUUGACCGCCUUUGUCGCAGACAAGCAGCCAGCUGUCCGUCGUCAUCGUGCCAGAUUUUUGUUGCGUCUACGGAUGUGGAAAAUCGCGGAAAGGGAGACAUUGGGAAGUGAUUUUUCUGUGUUCCAAAGAUUAGAUUGCAUGGAGAAGAUACAAUGGAGUUAUCGAAAAAAAAAACGGCAACAAAAGUGUCUUGCAAAUAUACGACGUGCAGAUCUGAACGAAGCUCGAGUACACGAGGCAAAUUAUUUGAAAGUCUGUUCUGAUCAUUUUGUAAGCGCGUUUAUUUCUAGUGUCCGGAUAUUCUACUUCAGGGAAGUCUUUCAAAUCCUUUGGAAGUACGUCGUUGUGGAGAGUAUACGGAUCGAUAUCUACACAGUUUGAUCUUCUGUGUAUAUAUCUAGCUUCAGCGACAUCGAGUGAAUUAAACAGGUAGAAAACAUCUGCCGCUUGCCGCUUACAGGACAAAUACGAUAAUCGAGCCUUUGCUAAUUUUGAUCGUCAGGGAUGGAAAACUUGUCAAAUUAAACUGGCUCCCUCAGUAUAUUUGUAGCCCGCUUUAUGAAUACAGUUUGAAUCCCAAAAUAGUGUGCGUGUUUUGUCAAAGUGUGCUGUUAUGUCGCCUUUUGUCCCGUUGUCAACCAACAAGUUGUGCAACCCAAUCACUCAGCAAAGGAAGUACUUUUGUUCCCACCCACUAAUUUCCUUUUCUGCCUCUCACUGGUCAAAAGAUGUUCCCUUACAGUUCCACUCCUUGCUUAAAAAAAAAAAAAACCCAAUACUUAUGAACUAUGAGCACUGUGAUAGUCUCUUAAGGCUUUGGUUGAUUACCGCUCCAUUUUAUUUCAUAUACGCACUUUUGUUUUUCUUGCCAGGCAGGCUAAAGUCAUGAAGGACCUUUCAUUUUGCUGUCUUAUUUACUCAAGUAAUCCGAUUACCUAAAAAGCCUCCAGACGUUGAGAAAAAAUAUGUAAUAGUCUCUUGCCAAACUGUUGCUUCAAGCUAAAAAAACGUAGUUGUCAGGCAAACUGUCAUUUCAUGCAGUGUGCUCGUAUGCAAUUUGAACGCUCUAUCACCUGACCCGAGUGUGUCUUUUUAUUGUAUUUUGUACUUAAAUGCUUUUUUUUCCUCUCCAAAUAAACCUUAUCUUCAUGUUGAGUGAAAUGAUGCAAAAUAUUUCAGAUUACGCACCAGAGUUAAUUCCGUUCUUGUAAAAAAAAAA